AUCGUGUCAAAUUUAACACCAUAAAGAUAGAAAUAUAAGAAGAUUCAUAGCUGGGAGUAGUGGUUGUAUUUACCUAAACACGAAAGAAUUUUUCUUAAUUUCACAUUAACUUAGUGGGUGACUAUAAUUUGUCCCAAAAUAUAUUGAAGAAAAAAUCACACAGGGUGAUUAUUGGAAAUUCACAAGUCAACGCUAUGACAAAAACUCAAUGGUCCCCCUUGGCCAAAUUAUUCCACAUGGGCAUUCUCAACUUUCUCAGUCAAACACUACUGUUCCAUAACAACACAAUAAAACCCACCAUCUAUCUUCAAACACCCAACCACCAAUCACCACAUCUUCUUCUAUCUCCCGCCGCCGCCGCCACCGGCCUCCGCCACCACCAUUCUGUGAACAUGGCUCUGACCAAAUCCCAAUCCCAUUUCUCUCUCCUCUGUUUCUUGACAUUAACCUGCCUCGUUCAAUCAAGACUCAAUCUUCACCCUUCUGACCAUAAUGCCCUCCUGCAUAUACAAUCACACUUCGGCAUCCACCACCCACCGGAAAGGAAUCUCUGUGAUUCCGCCGGAAUAUUCUGCGAACGACGAAUCGUUCCAAACAAUUCUUACGUCCUCAGAGUUACCCGUGUGGUGUUGGAAUCUCAAUACCUCAAAGGCAAACUAUCUCCUGCCAUCGGUCAGCUCUCCAAGCUGAAACAACUUUCCUUACAAGACAACCAACUUUCCGACCAAAUUCCACCUCAAAUAACCGACUGUCGGAAACUUGAGAUACUCAGCCUGGGAAAAAAUCAAUUCUCCGGCGAAAUCCCGCCUGGAUUAUCCUCGUUGAUCCGCCUCCGAAUUCUCGAUUUAUCUUCAAACAAAUUCACAGGAAAUCUCAAAUUCUUGAAACACUACCCCAACCUGGAAAAACUCGAUCUCUCCGACAACAUGUUCACCGGAAAAGUUCCAUUAUCUCUGGGAUAUUUUCGGAAUCUCAGAUUCAUAGACAUAUCAGGCAACAGUUUACUCGAGGGCCAGGUGCCAUUAACGAAUGAUCAAUUAGACUCCGAAUUGAUCGAAAACGAGAGCUUACCAGCACGGUACAUGUUCGCCGAAAGUCCCCAAAGAAGAAACCAGUCCGUUUCUGCCUCAGCGCCUUCUCCGAGCCAGGUGGCAAACGCAUUUUCCCCAACCUCACCAAAGCAGAAGAAGCACAAGAACAAGAAGAAGAGAAUAGUUGAGUGGAUUCUUGUAUUCUUGGCCGGAACUUUAGCUGGGAGUGGAUCUGCAUUGGUAUUCGCUCUCCUCUUCAAACUGCUCAUGUACUCAAUCAAAGGGCAUAAAAAGGACACAACACUGAAAAUCUUCAGCCCCAUGAUAAAAUCCCCCGAGGAUUUGUCUUUCCUCGAAAAAGAAGACGGAAUAGCAUCGCUUGAUGUCAUAGGAAGAGGCGGUUGUGGAGAAGUCUACAAAGCCGUUUUACCUGGAAGCGACGGCAAAGAAAUCGCCAUAAAGAAGAUAAUCCAGCCCCCUAAAGAUGCAGAGGAGAUCGCCGAAGAAGACAGCAAACUCCUGACCAAGAAAAUGCGUCAGAUCAAGUCCGAAAUUCAGACAAUGGGUCAAAUCAGGCACAAGAAUCUGCUCUCUCUACUAGCCCAUCUAUCAAGGCCCAAUUGCCAUUACUUAGUCUACGAGUACAUGAAGAACGGCAGCCUACAGGACUGCCUCCAACACGUGACCGAAGGUAAAAGAGAGCUCGAUUGGCUGGCCAGGUACAAGAUUGCAUUAGGGGUGGCUUCUGGGCUAGAGUAUCUUCACAUGAACCACAACCCUCGUGUGAUCCACAGAGAUUUGAAGCCCGCGAACGUGUUGUUGGACGACGAAAUGGAAGCCCGAAUUGCGGAUUUCGGGCUCGCAAAAGAGAUGCCUGAUUUCAAAACACAUGUUACCACUUCGAAUGUGGCGGGGACUGUAGGGUACAUUGCCCCCGAGUAUUACCAGACGUUUAAGUUCACCGAUAAGUGCGAUAUGUACAGCUUCGGUGUGUUGUUGGGCGCUCUGGUUAUCGGAAAGUUGCCCUCGGAUGAGUUUUUCCAGUACACGGAUGAGAUGAGUCUGGUGAAGUGGAUGAGAAACUUGAUGGCUUCUGAGGACCCGAGGAGGGCAAUUGACACGAAGCUGUUGGGAAACGGGUACGAGGAGCAGAUGCUGUUAGUGCUCAAGGUUGCUUGCUUUUGCACACUAAAUAAUCCCAAGGAGAGGCCGAAUAGUAAGGAUGCUAGGUGCAUGCUAGCUCAGAUAAAGCAUUAGUUACAAGAAUUGAUGAAUAAUCUGUUGGUAAUGUAAUUUAUGUGUUUUGAUGUCAGAAGAUGUUGAUUCAGUCAAUUGUAAUAUGUAUCAUGGUUGUUUCGAUUCCUCCAUACAGUUAUAGCAAGGUUUCAUUAUUCUAUCCUGAGAACAAUUAAUAUGUAUCAUUAAUUUUUGCUAUAGCUAGUUUGCCACAUUUUCUUGAAAGAGGAGACCAAAUUCAAGCAAUUUUUA